AUGACCGAGCUCGACGUCGCCUACAAAUACAUGGUGGUCAAUACCCAUUGGCAGGAGACCCCUGUAUACUUCCACUGCGUAUAUGCACCUGUUCAACCAACAGAACGGGUCGCAUUUUACGACAGUCUACCACGCGACUUUCCAGAGGACAGCAUACACGUAGUGAUGGGAGAUCUCAACCUACCAUUUGACCUGUAUCUUGACGUGGACAAACCACACCACGUACAUACCGUGGGCCGAAUCAACUGUUUGGAGUGGCUUGCAGCCCUACGUGUGACCGACGCUUGGCGCAUGCAUCACGAUGAGGAUCGUACCUAUUCGGGGCCACACAAAACGACCCGCUUAGACUAUAUCCUUGCCGAUACACACCUUGUCAGAGACUGCUACGUCUCAAGCGACUACAAACGGCCGGACGCACACGUAGCUGGUGACCAUGCGAUCCACACACUCGUGCGAGAGGCCAUCGCGACGGAGGCUUCAAGACUCCUCGUCGUCCUCCGCGACGCACAAAACCCAGGCGUUGUGUGGCAUGCUUGGAAGAAACGUACACGGAGGUUCCUCCAAGAAGCCCACCGCCACGUCAAACCGCAUUUUUUACGAGAAAAGACAGCCUCCGCCGUACGCUUGGCGGAAGCGCGGCGCCUACACAGCGAGGGGUUGUCAAAUCUCGAAGAUAUCGAGGAGGAGGAGAAACUUUUCCUCGAAUCGGAGGACUUGUGGAAAUUAUACUUCUCUGACCUCAACUUUGACGUCCACGCGAGCAAGAAUGAGCGCUCCACGACCCAUUUCUUCCGUCCACCGACCAAAGUCCUCUACAAAACUCCCGUAAGAUCAGUGAGACAACGCGAUGGGACGUUGUUGUCAGCCCCGGACAUCAUCCAAAAAGAAUUCGUCGCCCACUGGACGGGUGUUAUGCGUGAGGAUGACCCCACUCCUCCAAAUCGAGCCACACGCCGUCGUUUCCUUCGUGUCCUACGGAGAAAAUUAACAGUCGAGGAUAAGAAUGCCCUUGAGGAGAACGUUACCGGGACAGACCUUCAGACCAGCAUCGAAACCAUGGCCCCACACCGCACACCAGGCCCCGACGGGUUUUCUGCCUGCUUCUACCAGGUGGCACCGGCGGUGUUUGGUCCGAAGGACCUCAAAGAAAUUCGCGGUCGCAAACUCCGACAGUGUUUUCGGCGGCGAGCGAUGCGGUCCAUUCCGCUUCCGACGCCACGUCCACUUCCAUGGACAUAUGUGUAUCCGUAA